ACUUUCCUAUUGUUUGUCAAUAGUCAAUAACUACCUAACUAUUAACCACUCACUAGGUGGUUCUCUAUUUAUCGAGUCUUAUUGUGUCAUCGCCCGAGUGCGCCGGAAUGCUGACGAUCCGACCAAGCUGUGUUAGCGUGUUUUGCCCAUAACAACGGGGACCUUUUUUUGUGUGCUGCGCUCGCCCCCGAAAACUACUCGACUUGCUCUCUCCAAGAACAAGACAGAAAAGACCGUGUAGGAUCAUACCUUGUAUUCCUUCUUCUUCUUCGUCUACUACUACUUAUCUUACUAUCCAUUGCUGUCCUUCGUCUUACAGGGUUCUCCUUUAAUCAUGCCUCCGAAGAAGGCCGCAACGGCUUCUGCCACUGCUAAAGCUUCUACUUCGAAACGGGCUGCCGCGACGAAAGCUGCUGCCACUACUACUACCAGCAAGCGUACCACAACGGUAACUAAGACAUCGCGCAGUACUACUACUUCGAAGGCUGCGAAGGCUGCGAAGGCUGCCGCGCCCGCGAAGACUACUACUCAGCGGAAGACCGCGCCGGUUGCUGCGCGCAAGUCUGCGAAGUCUGAACCCUCUACUGCCGCGCCUGCUACGAAGAAGCGCAAAGCUGAAGCCGAGGAGGAAGCGCCUCCAAGAGAGCAGAAGAAGCCCCGUGUUGCUGCGCCUCCUCCUGCUCGGAAGCCGAAGCCCAAGGUUGUGAUUAACCAGCCGCCUACGACGCGCCUGAAUGUCUACGUCUGUGGCGAAGGUAGCUCUGGUGAGCUGGGUCUCGGGACGGCCAAGAAUGCCGUCGAUGUCAAGCGCCCGCGUCUGAAUGCGAACCUGUCUGCGGAGACAGUUGGUGUCGUGCAGGUGGCCGUGGGUGGCAUGCAUUGUGUUGCUCUAACUCACGACAACAAGAUCCUCACCUGGGGCGUCAACGACCAGGGCGCCCUUGGCCGGGACACCACCUGGGAAGGAGGCUACAAAGACAUCGAUGACAACAAGAGUGACUCGGAUUCGGACGAUGACAGUGACAGUGGUCUCAACCCGCAUGAGUCCACGCCUACCGCUAUCCCUUCUGAAGCUUUCCCUGAGGGAACCGUGUUUGCCGAAGUCGCUGCGGGUGACAGUUCCAGUUUUGCUCUCACUGAUGAUGGCCUUGUUUAUGGAUGGGGAACAUUCCGGAGCAACGAUGGUAUUCUCGGGUUUGACCCUGAACAUCGUGUACAGACGAGCCCCAUCUUGAUCCCCUCUCUCAAGAAGAUCAGACAUCUCGCUUGUGGUGACAAUCAUGUGCUUGCACUCGGCGAGAAAGGCACCGUUUAUUCUUGGGGCUCUGGUCAGCAGAACCAACUGGGUCGCCGCAUUGUGGAGCGUAACAAGCUGAACGGACUCCAGCCGCGUCAGUUUGGUCUUCCCAAGAACAUCGUCCAGAUCGGCUGUGGUGCUUUCCACUCGUUUGCCAUUCAUGAGUCUGGCAAGGUGUACGCGUGGGGCCUCAACAGCUUCGGUGAGACUGGUAUCCAAGAGGGUGCUGGCGAGGAUGAGGCUGCUAUCCUCCACCCGGAAGUUGUGGAAUCUCUCUCCGGAAAGCAGAUUACCCAGCUGGUUGGUGGUGCCCAUCACUCCCUUGCGGUCACGAGCAACGGUGACUGCCUCGUCUGGGGCCGUGUUGAUGGAUACCAAACUGGCCUCAAGAUUGACAGUCUCCCUGAGUCUGCCGUCAUCAAGGAUGAGCGUGGCCGUCCUCGUAUCCUGAUCGAACCCACAGCCGUCCCCGGAAUCAAGGCAAGCGUCGUGGCCGCAGGCUCCGACCACUCCCUUGCCAUUGACACCGAGGGUCGUGCCUGGUCUUGGGGAUUCUCAGCAACCUAUCAGACCGGACAAGGCACUCAAGAUGACAUUGAGGUAGCCACCAUCAUUGACAACACCGCCGUCCGUGGAAAGAAGCUCAACUGGGCUGGUGGCGGUGGUCAGUUCUCCGUCCUCACUGAGCCGGUCAACUGAAUGUCGCGGCUUCUCAAAUUCUAAGGCGCGGUUAGGGUCCAAUGACAUAUAAGGGUGUCCGGUGCCAUUCGGGUUGUGGAUAGCUGUGUAGAAUAGGUGUUCUUAUUUGCGCUUUGUUCUGGGCUUUGUCAUUAUCGCAGCGUUGCAUAACUUAUCGUGGUUUUCUGUUUCUCAGAAAAGUUAUCCUUGCUUAGUAUAAUAAUCAUAUCUUAUCUUUCUUUGCAAGAAAUGAUGUCUGGCGCUUAUUCAAUUCGUAGAUAUAGUGUUUCUUAGGAAUGCUCUGUUAAUUCUUCGAUGAUAGGGCAGCUUUCGCGAGAUCGUGGAGGGUUUAUGGAAGUAUCUAUGGUGAAUAUAAGAUCAGACGGGAUAGAAGCAAUAAGGAA